AUGGAAGAUCUAACCUUGGACGUAGAGGUCAUCAACACAAUCCAAGGCGCAAAAUCCCUCGCCGACGGCAUCGCAGUUCUCAACGCCUCCCACAGGAAUGAACUUCCCCUCCUCUAUAUCGACAUCGACCCCCAGGGUCUCGGCCCAAAAGGCGAACUCAACCUCUUGACCAUAAUGCUCUGCUACGGGCCCGAAUAUCACCGUCGUCUAUACCUCGUCGACGUCCAUCGUCUCGCAAACCAAGCUUUUUCUAGUCGAGGAUACUACGGCGCUAGUUUACGAAGUAUCCUCGACUCUGGAUCUUACCAAAAAGUGUUUUUUGAUGUUGGUUAUCAUUCUCAUAUUUUGUAUAACCAGUAUGGGAUUAUGUUGCAGGGGGUGAGUGACCUGCAACUUAUGGAGAAUGCGUGUCGGCGCAAUAGACGGAAUUUGCAGAGUUUUGAGCCAUUGGUGGAUAGUUUACUUGUUCAUGGGAGAAAUCGGAGGAGAUGGUUGGUUGAUAAGUUCAAUGGACAGUGGUCGUACAAGAAUUGUGCUGGGGCACCGCAUGGAGUCUUUCAGCAACGUCCGGUUGCUACGUAUAUUCGACUAUACUGCUGUCGAAAUAUUCGGUUCAUGCCGGAGUUGUAUGAUAAGAUACGGCGUGCAAUACCGAAAAUUAUGGAGCUGGUGGCGGAGGUUUCACAGAGGAGGAUUGAGGAGAGUCAGGAUGAUGGGUAUGAUCCUUCUGAGAGUGGACGGUUGAGAAGUCCUUGGACUGUUGAGCAGAUUGAGCUGCUUGAUCAUUGGCUGAACUUUGGUCCUGUGUUUAUCUAUUUGACAUUGGGCAGUUGUGUUUCAUGA